GAACACGCGGCGAGGGCCAGGGCGGCUCCAAGGCGCUCGAUCGUCGGCGGCAUCGAUCAGGUACGUCGUCGGCUCCAAUCCAUCCAGCGCCAUGGCGGCAAGGUCGAAAUCCGGGGUUUGUGUCAGCAGCAGCAGCAGCGCCGUCAGUCCCAUCGCCAUCGCCGUCGCCUCGAUGAGCCUCGUCUAGCCGAAAUAUCCACGAUCGUGGCCGCGAUGUUGGCAAUGCCCGCGAUUCUAGCUCCCGCUCCAUCGUCGUCCAAUCCUCUCGCUCUCUCCAGGAGCCCGGAUUCUCCCGGGCAUCUCCUAGGGCAGAAAUCCAGGGCCGCAUCCAGAAAGAUCUCCUCUCUCAGUCCUCCUCUCCGCCGAUCCAAAUGUGCUCCCUCGUCCAGGCCUCACAGAUGCAACGCCUCCUCCAAGCCAUCGCCAUCGCCAUCGCCAUCGCCAGGUAAUGAUCCAAGUCCCAGUCCAGUCGAGCUCCCUCUCUUCCCACUCCCGCUGGUCCUCUUCCCGGGCGCCAUCCUCCCGCUCCAGAUCUUCGAGUUCCGCUACCGGAUCAUGAUGCACACGCUGCUCCAGACGGAUCUGCGCUUCGGGGUGGUGUUCACCGACCGAUCGACGGGGCUGGCGGAGAUCGGCUGCGUGGGCGAGGUGAUCAAGCACGAGAGGCUGGUGGACGAUCGCUUCUUCCUCAUUUGCAAGGGCCAGGAGAGGUUCCGGGUGGCGAGCGUGGUGAGAACGUCGCCAUACUUGGUGGCGGAGGUGGAGUGGAUCGAGGACAAGCCUCCGCAGCGUUUGAAGGAGGAUGGGCAGGAGGAGGAGGAGGAUCUGGAGAAGCUGGCAAGCGAGGUGGAGGCGUACAUGAAGGACGUGAUCCGGCUGUCGAACAGGAUGAACAAGAAGGGCGACAAGGAGACGCCGGAGGACCUGCGCAAGAACUUGUUCCCGACGCCGUUUAGUUUCUGGGUGGGGAGUACGUUCGAGGGGGCGCCGCUGGAGCAGCAGGCGUUGCUGGAGCUGGAGGACACGGGGCUGCGGUUGAAGAGGGAGAAGGAGACGCUGAGGAACACGCUCAAUUACCUCACUGCCGCCUCGGCUGUCAAGGACGUGUUCUCGUCUCAGUCGGACUGACCCCUUUCUCUCUCUUUUUUCCUCUCUAAUUAAAUUUGAAUUCAAGGCUUA